AGACACUCGAUCUAUUCUCUUGCAAAUUAAACCAAAGUUUCCCCAGCAAUCAACCAUGCUAAACCUCAAACGUGGAGUGCUUCUCGGAUGCGUUCUCUGGCUGGUGGCUUCCGUAGCUCUCUCGGCGAGUGCCGGUGAAUACGAGGAGCUGUGUCGCCUGUUCAAGAACGGGACCAAGGUUCGAAAGCCCGGCACCUGCGACCAGUACAUCCAGUGCUACGAUGGCAACGGCACCGUCCUGACCUGCCCCUCCAACCAGUCCUUCAGUCCCAGCAAGGGUAGUUGCGUGGACACGUUGGCCAACAGCAACAAGUACUGCGGCAACCGCUGCGAAGGAUUGGAUGGCGAAUGGGUGGCCGAUCCGACCGAGUGCCGCAAGUACUUCUACUGCAUGAACGGCGAACCGCUGGCGGGGAUGUGUCCCGAUAGCCAGCACUUCGAUGAGCGCUCCCAGUCCUGCCUGUACGGCGUGGACUCCAUAUGCGUGGAUGUGAACAACAUUUGCGAGCUGGUGGCGGAAAAUACGAAGUUCCGGAACGAGAACGACUGCGCCUACUACUAUGAGUGCGACAAGACCGGGAACCAUGCGUCCAAGAGCUGCAAAUUAACCUCCGAGAAGCGCGAGUAUUUCGAUGUGGAGAGCGGCAAGUGCGUGGAAGCCAAUAAGGUGGAGUGCACCGCCCAUUCGAAGGAGAACAUCUGCACCAGCGACACAAAGAUUACAUUCAAAUCAGACAAAGCCACCUGCCGUGGAUACUUCGUCUGCAAGGCCCUCGAUCACGUCGCCGACCUGGAUCCCCUGUGGAUGCAGUGCCCCGAGGGCUACUUCUUCGACGCGGAUCGGCAGCUCUGCGCCAAUCCCACCUCGGUGGUGUGCACCCACAACAGAUGCGACGGACGCGGCACGAUGCUGGUGACCAGCAGCAGCAACAACUGUCACAACUACAUCCGGUGUGUGGACAACAAGGAGGUGACGGAGGAAACCUGCCACUUUGAUCACUUCUUCGACGAGACAGUGGAGGCGUGCUCCUCGAAGAUCAUCUACGAUAAGUGUUGCGAUGGCCGGGACUAAACAAAAAAUAUAAAUAAAGGUGCAAAAAAACAA